GGCUGUUCUGCCGGACUUCCGUGAUAUGGAUGGAGAAGGGCCCAUCCACCCGUUUCCCACCGUCAAAGGCGAAGACUCGAGAGUCAGAACAGCAGCUCGACUGCCCGAACCUGACACGGACGAGCGGACCGGGGCCUCGGAACCACGCUCGUAGUACACCAAUAUGUUGUUCGUCAGAUGGGGGUGGUGCCCCCACGAGCUCUUGAUCUCUUGGCCGUACUGGCCAUCACCGAGUGCCGGGCCGACCAUCGUCAGGAGGAUGGGGAUUCCUGAUAUGGGAUUGAAGUCCUGGUCAGGUUUAGCUGCCUGAGCCCUACAGGUUCUUCUCCGCUUUCUACCCCUCUCAAUCCACGUUGCCGAGAGUCAGAGAGCGACAUUCCCUCUCCCCCUACCUCAUUUUGAUACUCAGUUGACGUUCCCAGCAUGGAGGACACAAGCGCAGCACUCAGGGCCGCCGAGGAGCUCGUCGAGGCUCUCAAGAGCCAUCCGAGGGCGUCGCACGCCGAGCACCUGGCCUUGCUCGAGCGCGUCGACAGCGUCCGCGCGCUCCUCGAAACACCGUACGAUGUUAUCGAGAGGCAGCAGGAGGUCAUGAGCACGGCCGGUGCCAUGUACACGCUGAUUAUGACGGGCGCCAUCAAGAAGGUCCCGGACGAGGGCACCAUCACGGCCAAGGAGCUCGCGGCCGAGACGAACAUGGACGUAUCGGCGAUUCAGCGCCUGAUGCGCGUGUCCGUUGUUGCCGGCUUCUUCACCGAGACGGCGCCCGACACGUACGCGCACAGCGCUCUCUCGCGGGCGUAUCAGCUCGAUGCGCAGGGCCCGUUUUUCGUCCUCAUCAUGGAAUUCAACAAGAUGUACAUGACGCUCCCCGACUACUUCAAGACACACCGGCCCGAGGAUCUGUACGACUUGAGGAAGUCGCCCUUCUGCUUUAGCGUCGGCAAGGAGGGGAAGACGUAUUAUGAGGCGAUCGACGAGAUCCCUGAGCACCGCGGCAUCUGGGACCAAUGCCUCCAGAUCAUUGAGAAGAACAUGCCCAUUUCGGGCAUGUUCCCGUGGGAAUCGCUAAAGGAGAAUGUGGAGAAGGAGCCGGAGCGGCCGUUUUUCGUCGAUGUCGCCGGCGGUCGGGGCCAGGCUCUGCUGAAGCUCCAGGAGGAGAUCCCGGGGGUGUAUGGGGGCAAGCUCAUCCUCCAGGACUUACCCAUUGUCAUCGACUCGCUGAAGCCCGAGGAGAUUCCCAACAUUGAGGCCAUCGCGUACGACAUCUUCACCCCACAGCCGAUAAAGAAUGCCCAUGUCUACUUCAUGCGGCGACUGCUGCAUGACUUCUACCCCUCGGUAUGCAUCGACAUCCUCAAGAACACCGUCUCAGCCAUGGGUCCGGAUUCGCGCUUGAUUGUGUGCGACAUGCUGGUGCCGGAGAAGGUUGAGCCCGGGCGGCUGAAGGAGCUGUACUGGCUGGAUCUGAACUUGAUGGCCAUCACCGGCAAGGAGAAGACUCUUGACGAGUUCAAGCAGAUGUUCGAUGCCGUGGGCUUGGAGCUAGUCAAGGUCUGGCCAUCGGCUAUUGGGGCGACGGUGCAGCUCGAGACUCGCCUGAAGCGUUCUUGACCGUGGAAGAAGAAUUAGAUACAAAGAAAGCUCGGCGGGAGGCCCAAAAGAGAAGACAGUGGAAUGGUUGAUACAGGCGCCGUCCGGGUGGUCGUAUCUUUGGGAAGCGAAAGACUCGCGAUCAUAUUCAAAAUAACUCAACCGAGCAGAGCCUAAAGUCUUAGAACGCAGUCUCCCUGGGGGAUAGCUGGGUAGAGCUUAGGACCCUGAAGAGCCCAGAGCAUCUCCUACACUGUUGGGACGAAAUGAGUGGGAGACGGAGCUGUCGCACUUGCUCCUAUCAAGUCGCUGCUUG